CCUCAAGGCACUUGGGGUCACCCAGGGAGAGAGGAGGUUCAGAGCGAAGUAGAAUAUCAGGCCGUUGGUGACUCUGGGCCAAAAUCGGCAGCGCAAAGAGUUCUGUGGAAGCAAAUGGGCCCAGUGCAAGCCUAUCAGCUGCUUCACAGGGGUGGCGGACACUGAGCUGGAUUUUGAGAAAUGGACAGGCCUUCAGGGAGGGGAGGGAGGACAUUCCAGGCCAAGAGAAGGGUGUGAACAAAGGUCAUGAAGCCUGAGGAAUUUCUCAUUAAAAACUGAGACAACUGGGGAAACCUGCUCAAGAGACACACUCCACCCCCUGGCCACUCACCCCACUCUCCCCUUCACCCCACCCAAAGCAGGGCCAGGACAGCUGGGAAGGGAUUUCUAAUUUGUCCCCUUCCCCUUCUUCCUUCACCCAGAUUCUCUGCAGCCCAUUCAAGGACAUAUAAUGAUCCUCACGCCCCACCUGAGGUCCCGCCUUCCCUCUGCCACAAGGAGCAUCAUUCUACAAAGGAAAUCAAACACCAGAAGCAUGUGUGGCCUGGCUGGGGGGCCCCAAACAACCAGCAUGGUAGUCCUGAACAGGUCCCUGGCCCCAGCUUUUGACAGUUUCUGCCAGGCCAACACCCUGCUGGGCAGAAGUGAGCCCAGCAAAUGGAUAUUGCCUGCCCUGGGAGCUGCCUCAGAUACCAGGACAGGCUGUCCCCAAUUCUGGAAAUACGAGUUUGGUAUCUGCAUGGGCAGCCUGGCCUCGCUGGAGGAGUACUCACAGCAGCCAAAGGACAUGGUGGCCUUUGUCCUGGGCUGCAGUUUCUCCCCAGAAGAGGCCUUGAAGGAGGCAGGGCUCCCCAGCAGAGACUCAGGAGGUCAUGGCUAUGGCAGUGCAUACAAGAUAACAGUGCCUUGCUCCACCACUGCUGGCUUUUGCUGCCCUCUGAUGGUUACAGUGAGGCCUGUCCCCAAGGACAAGCUGGAAAAGCUGAUGCAGGCCAGUUGCUCCAUUGCUGGGGCGGGGGACCUGCUGGGAAUCAAAGAUCUUUCCCAGCCUGCCUACGGGGACAUUGUGGUGUGUCAGCCAGGGGAUGUCCCAGUGUUCUGGCCUUCUCAGCUGACCAGUCUCGAAGCUGUCAGCAGCUGCAAGGCCUCACUGGCUGUCACCAGUGCUGCAGGUUACAUGAUACUGACUGACCUGAAGGGUGCAAAGAUGCCAGCCACCUGUCUCACCCCUGAAGGCAUUCUGGAGGUCCAUCACAUCCAGGAUCCUUUGUGCUACAGCAUCGCAUCAGCUUCAGCUGUGCAGAAGAUCAGAGAACUAGAGACUCUGAUUACCGUAGACCCAGGGAACCCAGGAUGUGGCAGUCUGCUUCUGCAAGACAAGCUGCUGCGGGCCUCUCUGUCACUGUCCCACACCCACUCUGUGCUCCUCAAUGCGAUUCCCACGCAUUUCACCCACAAGCCUCCGGAAGAGACAGGGCCCCCAGGAGCCAUCGCUCUGGCUAUAUUCUUGCAGGCCUUGGAGAAGGAGGCCUCCAUAGUUGUUGACCGGAGAGCCUUGAUCUUGCACGGGAAGCUUGUUGAAGAGGCUUUUGAGCAAGGUGGUGUGCUGAAGACCCAGAUCCCGUUAUUAACUUACCAAGAUGGAUCAGCAGAAGCUGUGCAGGCUUUUCUGCGCAAAGAUGGGGAUCCCAAGUCACCAGGUAUUUUUGACCAUCUGGUGGCCACAGAACAUGCAGGAAGGGCCGCCGAUGGCAACUACUACAAUGCAAGGAAAAUGAACAUCGAGCACUUGGCUGACCCCAUUGAUGAUCUUUUCCUUGCAGCGCAGAAUAUUCCUGACAUCUCAUCAACUGGUUAAGUAAGGUGA